CCGGGCGAAGGGCCUGCGCUAGCCGUGCCCCGGCGGCAGCGGAGAAAAGCCGGGCAGCGCGGCGCCCCGCUGCCGCCUCCUCCCGCCCGCCCUGCGCUCACCCCCUCCCCCGCGGAGCCGCUCCCUCGCCGCCUCCCUUUCCCCGGCUCCAUCCCUUCCCUCGGCUCCAUCCCCUCCCCGCUGGAUGAGGCGGCCCCCUCCCCGCUGCUGACCCCUGCGGACCCCGGCUGUAGGAUGAGCCCGAAGGACUCGGAGGGGGCGAGGCCGCUCCGCUCCCCGAGGAGGAUCUAGUGGGGGGGCACCGACGCGACGCCGCCCCCCGCCAGGCACCUCGUCCUUCAUGGUGGCUCCCUGCGACCACCAUCUCGGAGCAGACGCGCAGCCCGGGGCCCGUGUGUGUGUCUGUGCGCGCCGCCGCCGCGGCCGCCCGAGUGAGGGAAAAUGUCCACUCGGACUCCAUUGCCCACGGUGAACGAGCGCGACACCGAGAACCACACGUCCCAUGGAGACGGACGGCAGGAAGUUUCCUCUCGAACUGGGCGCUCUGGAGCUCGCUGCAGGAACUCCAUAGCCUCCUGUGCCGACGAGCAGCCGCAUAUUGGGAAUUACAGACUCCUUAAAACCAUUGGAAAGGGCAAUUUUGCAAAAGUGAAACUGGCAAGGCACAUCCUAACUGGCAGAGAGGUUGCCAUAAAAAUAAUUGACAAAACACAGCUGAACCCAACUAGUCUACAAAAGCUCUUUAGAGAAGUAAGAAUAAUGAAGAUCUUAAAUCAUCCAAAUAUAGUGAAGCUAUUUGAAGUCAUCGAAACUGAAAAAACUCUCUAUUUAAUAAUGGAAUAUGCAAGUGGGGGGGAGGUGUUUGACUAUCUGGUUGCACAUGGAAGAAUGAAGGAAAAGGAGGCUAGAGCUAAAUUUAGACAGAUAGUAUCUGCAGUGCAGUAUUGCCAUCAAAAGCAUAUUGUUCAUAGAGAUCUCAAGGCUGAAAAUCUAUUGCUAGAUGCAGAUAUGAACAUUAAAAUAGCUGACUUUGGUUUUAGCAAUGAGUUUACAGUUGGAAAUAAACUGGAUACCUUUUGUGGCAGCCCACCAUAUGCUGCUCCAGAGCUCUUUCAAGGGAAGAAAUAUGAUGGACCUGAAGUAGAUGUUUGGAGUUUAGGUGUUAUUCUUUAUACUCUUGUGAGUGGAUCCCUUCCCUUCGAUGGACAGAACUUAAAGGAACUUAGAGAAAGAGUGCUGAGGGGAAAAUACAGGAUUCCUUUCUACAUGUCCACAGACUGUGAAAACCUCCUCAAACGUUUCCUGGUGCUAAACCCAACAAAAAGAGGCACUCUAGAGCAAAUUAUGAAGGACAGGUGGAUCAAUGCAGGGCAUGAGGAGGAUGAACUUAAACCUUUUGUUGAACCAGAGCUAGACAUCUCGGACCAGAAAAGAAUAGAUAUUAUGGUAGGAAUGGGAUAUUCUCAAGAAGAAAUUCAAGAAUCCCUUAGUAAAAUGAAGUAUGAUGAAAUCACAGCUACAUACUUACUGCUAGGAAGAAAGUCAUCAGAGUUGGAUGCAAGUGAUUCAAGCUCCAGCAGCAAUCUUUCACUUGCAAAAGUUAGACCAAGUAGUGAUCUUAAUAAUAGCACUGGACAAUCUCCUCAUCACAAAGUUCAGAGAAGCAUAUCUUCUAGCCAGAAGCAGCGGCGGUACAGUGAUCACGCUGGACCAUCCAUCCCCUCAGUAGUGGCAUAUCCCAAAAGAAGCCAGACUAGUACUACAGACAGUGACCUCAAAGAGGAAGGAAUUCAGUCAAGAAAAUCCAGCAGUAGUGCUGUUGCAGGAAGAGGAAUUGCACCAGCUAGCCCAAUGCUUGGAAAUGCCAGCAAUCCCAACAAGGCUGAUAUUCCCGAACGUAAGAAAAGUUCGGCUGUCCCUAGUAAUAAUACUACCCCUGGAGCAAUGACACGGCGCAACACAUAUGUUUGUAGUGAAAGAACCACUGCUGAUAGGCAUUCAGUGAUACAAAAUGGCAAGGAGAACAGCCUGACAGAAAUGUUCGCUUACGCAGCUAGCCCUGCUUCAGUUUGUACCACAUCCUUCUCCAGUGUUCGGCUGCGACAUCAGAAGUCGAUGUCCAUGUCAGCCUCUGUGCACACGAAGAUGAUGUUGCCUCCAAUAGACAAUGGCGCAGAUAACUUCAGGCCUAUCACUAUUCCCGAUCAGAGAACUCCCGUUGCUUCAACCCACAGCAUUAGCAGUGCGACCACCCCUGACCGUAUUCGUUUCCCCAGAGGAACGGCCAGCCGCAGCACGUUCCACGGGCAGCUGCGCGAGCGCCGCACCGCCACCUACAACGGCCCGCCCGCCUCGCCCAGCCUGUCCCACGAGGCCACGCCGCUGUCCCAGACCCGCGCCCGCGGCUCCACCAACCUCUUCAGCAAGCUCACCUCCAAGCUGACCCGAAGAAACAUGUCAUUCAGGUUUAUCAAAAGGCUCCCGACUGAAUAUGAGAGGAACGGGAGAUUUGAGGGCUCAAGCCGCAAUGUAGCUGUGGAUCAGAAGGACGAGAACAAGGAAGCCAAGCCUCGGUCGCUGCGUUUUACCUGGAGCAUGAAAACCACCAGCUCCAUGGAUCCCAAUGACAUGAUGAGGGAAAUACGGAAGGUCCUGGAUGCCAAUAACUGUGACUAUGAACAAAGAGAGCGUUUCUUGCUUUUCUGUGUCCAUGGAGAUGGGCACGCGGAAAACCUGGUCCAGUGGGAGAUGGAGGUGUGUAAACUGCCAAGACUGUCCCUGAACGGAGUUCGCUUUAAGCGGAUAUCGGGAACAUCCAUAGCUUUCAAAAACAUUGCUUCCAAAAUUGCCAAUGAGUUAAAGCUGUAACAAGAAAAAAAUAGUUAAGUUGUAAAUUAGUUAGCAAUUUAAAGUGUUUUUGAGAAUUCCGAUGGAAAUGUAUAGAAUAACAUUUAGGCAAUAACUUCUGCAUCCUUCUGAAUAGUGAUAUUAAAAAAAAGCUGCUGAGCUGGGAGGGAGAGUUGGACUUUUUUAUAAGUGCACUACAGCAUUAAAGUUGCCUACUAUGUAAAAUAUUACCCCUUCUGCUUUAUUUCCAUUGCUCCUAAGUCUUUGACAACAAAUUGAAACACAGAAUAUAUUCAUUUAAAUAUGCCUCCUGUUUGUGUGGAUGUGUGAAUGUACAGUAUGUGUGUAUAAUAUAUAAAGUAUUAUAUGUAAACAGUUCAUUUACGACAUCGAGCUGUACCAGUACCUCUUUUUGGGCUAAUUUUGGUGCUAAAAAUUGAAAUGGCCAAGGAGGAAACACUUGAGUUAAUAUUUAAAAAGACUGAAGCGAUAACCAGUAAACGCAGGUUUACAGUUCACUGCUGUGUUAAGAAAAAAAAAGUGUGUGAAGGGUUUGGAUUUAUGGUUGUGAACAUUAUUAGUCCUGUUUUCUAAGUAGAUCUCAUGAGAUGAUUAAAAAUUCACUUUUACUGA